AUGGAGCAGGUGUGUGAGAUGCUUGCGCAGAUCCCGGCUGAUUGGGCUGGACAUGGAGGAAACAGAGAGGAAGAUUCGAUGACAGAGCUGCAGGCAAUUAUCGGCCGGGUCUCCCAGCUGCGUCCAGCCAUCCGGUACAAUCGCCGAAUCCUCACCUUCUUCCUGGAACAGAUCGAGCGCAUGCGCGGCAUCACGACUUGCACCGAUUGGCCCAUGGAGUGCCGCCUGCCUGUGGUGCACAAGUUGGAGUCGCUGCUGCUCUCCAGUGAGUGCAUGAUCAAGCCACAUGCAAGUCGCUUCGAUGUUCUGAAUUUCUACACCAUGUCCGAGGCACGAUGGGUGGUGCAGGAGCCAAACGGCCUGCACGAAGAUGAGAAGGAUGCUGAUGACAGCGAUCCCUUUUGGCGACGAGUGGCAUGA